AUGUGUACAGUGCGGCUCUUCCCACGAGGGUCACUGGAAGUCGCAUAUGUCGUCGAGGGAGACGGUGAAAGUCUGUUCGCGGAACCGGACCUUCGCGUACGUCUUGGUCACAGUCUGGACAUCGACAACUGUGCCGAUGGGCACAUAAAAUUUUUCGUUGUGCCUUGCGAUUUGGCGGACCACCUUACACUUGGUGGCGCCCUGCGCCACCACCGUCUCCAAAUAUGCAGCAGGGACCAUCACAGGCAAUCCGCCUAUGUCCAGUACCGCUACCUCUCCGUUCAUUUUGGUGACAAUGCCCUUCUUACCGAAGUUCGCGUGGUCACGCUGAACAAUGCGCACUUGCAGCCCGGGGACCACCCAGGUACCACCUGCAUGUAG